AGGCAUCUCUCUCUCUCUCUCUCUUUCUAUUGAAUGUGGUGAAGUCAUAUAGUUCAGAGUAGGCUGUUUGCUGUGUAUAUGUUGGCAGUCCUGUAUGGUAAACUCCACACUGUGUUGUAAGGAAGAAGAAGAGCGGUAACACAGCAGCACAAGCCCAAACCCACCUGUAUUCAUCUGAAAGCUACUACACAAAGAUCAGGAUGGCAAACAAAGGUCCUGCCUAUGGUCUGAGCCGGGAGGUGCAGAGUAAGAUUGAUAAAAAAUAUGACACAGAACUGGAGGAAAGGUUGGCGGAGUGGAUUGUCAUCCAGUGUGGUGCGGACCGGCCUAAGCCAGGCAAGAUUGAAUUCCAAAACUGGCUCAAGAAUGGAUGUGUGCUGUGUGAGCUCAUCAACAGCCUGUAUGGAUCCAACAAGCCAAUCAAGACCAUCAAGAGCUCCACCAUGGUAUUUAAACAGAUGGAGCUGAUAUCCAUGUUCCUCAAAGCAGCAGAAAACUACGGAGUCACCAAAACUGACAUGUUUCAGACUGUAGACCUCUAUGAAGGCAAGGACCUGGCUGCUGUCCAGAGGACCCUGAUGGCUCUGGGUAGUUUGGCUGUCACAAAGAACGAUGGGUGUUACAAAGGAGACCCCAACUGGUUCCACAAGAAAGCCCAAGAGAACAGAAGAGAAUUCACAGAGGAACAGCUGACCGAUGGCAAAAAUGUCAUCGGCCUGCAAAUGGGCACAAAUAGAGGAGCAUCUCAAUCUGGAAUGACAGGCUACGGACAAGCCAGGCAGAUCAUCAACAACCCCUAAAUCUGAGCAGUGCUUAAACCCUCCCCUCAGACACUCCUUCUGCAACACUCUGAAAGGCCAGUGUGGACGGAGAAACUCUGAAAUGUAACCGGGCUGUUUUCAAGGCUAAACUGGAUCAAAAGACCAAAGGACCAAUGAGGACAUGUGCACAUAUACGACACAUAGUUUAUGUUGAGCACACAUAGAUACCUUUGACCGUGCAAGUGAACAAUUAGAUAGCAUUUUACAUAGUGAAUUCAUGUAAAUUAUGUAUUUUUUUUAAUGGAUCAUUUCCAGUUGUUUUACAUGUUUUAACCCGCUACCUAAAAAUCAAAUGCGCUUUACAUUACUGCAAACCAUAAGAUCAGCCAGAGGUUUCAGUUUAUUUUAGUUCACUAUAAAAAUCAACUUGCAGAGACUUGUAACUUGCUUGAGAGUUCUCAAGAGUUCUCAAGUACUCCAUCACAUUCAACAUUUCGUUUGCUUUAUUCUUUAUUUCAGCAGCUACAUUAUUGCAGCAUGCAAUUUCAAAACUCUGCCUAUUGGUACAUUCAAGACACUGUGAUAUCUGAUAUUUGAGAAUUUUGAGAUGGAUAUGGACAACCAAAUCCAUUAUUUAUUUUAUCAGUGACCUUGUUCUGCCAGCGUUGCUCAUCUGACAAUGCAGCUAUCAAUUCUUGGAUGUCAGGGUGUACUUGAAUGCACCUCCAAGGAGAGUUUUAAAAAGGUUCCCUGCUCACACCGGUAGCACAACAUAGCUGUAAUGCAACAUUAACAAAAAUAACGGAUAAAGAAAUAUAGAUGAUAGAUAAUGGGAUCUCAAGCAACUAUCAAGUCUCAUUUGUUGUGUACUGGACUGAUUUGAAAGACAUUGCAACCUGGAAGUUAAGAAGUGCAUGUUGUGGUUUACAAUAAAGUUAAGCAAAAGUAUUGAAAUGAAUAGGUUAAAACAAACAAAUCCACCGGUAUAGUCAAGGAUAAGUCAUUUUAGAAAGUGAAUUGCCUAGUUUAAAAACAGUUUUAAGAAAAACAUAAAAUACAGCAUGUGUUUUACCUGCUCCAUAACACAAUCUGCAGUUAGAUACUCUCAGUUUACUAAUUUCUAAUCAAGAUGUCAGACCUUCUUUUUAGAGUUUAAUAACAUCAUAUAUAAUGGCAAUUGAUUUUGAUUUUGAAUAAAGUUCAAUUUCCCUGUAAA